AGCAUUCGAUCGAGCUCGCAACGAACACUCGUCCCAAUCCACUCUCCAAGAAAAAACCCAACCAGCUAGCGAUCGUCAGCGACAAUGUCGCUCGUGAGGCGCGGCAACGUGUUCGACCCCUUCGCCGACUUCUGGGACCCCUUCGACGGCGUCUUCCGCUCCCUUGUCCCGGCGACCUCCGACCGCGACACCGCCGCCUUCGCCAGCGCCCGCAUCGACUGGAAGGAGACGCCGGAGGCGCACGUCUUCAAGGCCGACCUCCCCGGCGUCAAGAAGGAGGAGGUGAAGGUGGAGGUCGAGGAUGGCAACGUGCUGGUGAUCAGCGGGCAGCGCAGCAAGGAGAAGGAGGACAAGAACGACAAGUGGCACCGCGUGGAGCGCAGCAGCGGGCAGUUCACGCGGCGGUUCCGGCUGCCGGAGAACGCCAAGGUGGACCAGGUGAAGGCCGGCCUGGAGAACGGCGUGCUCACCGUCACCGUGCCCAAGGCCGAGGUGAAGAAGCCUGAGGUGAAGGCCAUCGAGAUCUCUGGCUGAGAGGGAGAGCGCCAAACGGAGGUGAAAUAUGGCGUGCUGUGCUCGGGUCAGGUCGUGUUGGUGAUUGUGUGGCCUAUGUGUGUCUGUGUCAGUCGUGUUGUGGCCAAUGUAGUGUUCUCUGGUCCUAGACUAGAGCACGAUAUUGGUCUACUUUGAUGUUUGGUCCUUGGAAUUGUCCAUGCCCCCAUGGCGUCUACAUGAAUGGGUAAAUAAAGUGUUUGACCAUUUGAAC